AUGACGUGUGACAUUGAUUUCAAGGCCAUGCCAAAGAUCGAGCUCCACGCUCAUCUGUCAGGCAGCAUAUCACGACAAUGCCUUCAUGAGAUAUGGGCCAAGAAGAAAGCCGCCGGCUCGACCCAUCUAGAGGACCCUCUCGUGGUCAUGCCUGUUGGAAAGCACGACUAUGACUUGAACACCUUCUUCCCGCUGUUCUCCUCGUACAUAUACCAUCUGGUGGAUGAUGCCGAGGCCCUGCUGUACUCGACCAAGUCCGUGGUCGCCGACUUUGCCGCUGACGGCGUGGUCUACCUGGAGCUGCGCACGACGCCGCGCGCCAUGCCCGCCGCGGGGCUCGACAAGGCGGGCUACAUCGGCGCCGUGCUGGACGCCCUGGCAGCGGCAGAGCGCGAGCACCCGUCAAUCCGCACGCGGCUGAUCCUGUCCAUGGACCGGCGCAACACGCUGGCCGAGGCGCACGAGGCCGCGGGCCUGGCGGCCCGGUUCCGCGCCCGCGGCGUCGUCGCCGUCGACCUGUGCGGCGACCCGGCCAAGGGCGACGUCGCCCUCUUCACGCCCGCCGUCGCCGCCGCCCGCGCCGCCGGCCUCGCCCUCACCGUCCACUUCGCCGAGGCCGAGUGCAGCGCCUCGGACGCCGAGCUCGACACUAUCAUGGCCUGGGGCCCCGACCGCCUCGGCCACGUCAUCCACGUCCCGGAGCGCGUCAAGCGGGACAUUGCCGGCCGGCCCGGCAUCGGGCUCGAAUUGUGCCUGAGCUGCAACGUCCACGCCAAAAUGAUCGUGGGCAGCUUCGAGGCGCACCACUUUGGGGAGUGGUGGCAGGUGGAAGGCGUUGUUGUCGUGCCCUGUACCGACGACGUGGGAGUCUUUGGCAGUCCGGUAUCGAAUGAGUGGAGGUUGAUUGAGGAGCAUUUCAAGCUGAAGAAAGUGGAGCUGUUUGGGCUCGCGCGGAAAGGUAUCGACGUCAUCUUUGGCGGCGAUGAGGAAAAGCAAAGGCUCCGGAAGAUCAUGUGGUGA